UACCAAUUGAACAAACAAAUCGUCUUCAUUUCCACAAGUUAUCAUGAUUCGAAGCCAAUCUUAUUGCUUUCUUGGUAUUACUAUUACCAUCUAUUUCUUCUUUUGUCUUCUUCCCUUACCAAACACCUUUGCUUCUCCUCCCACACAGUCUUUGUGCCGCCACGACCAAAGAGAUGCUCUUUUGGAGCUACAAAAAGAGUUCCCGAUCCCUUCCGUUAUUUUACAAAAUCCGUGGAACAAGGGCAUUGACUGUUGUUCUUGGGGCGGAGUCACGUGUGAUGCUAUCUUGGGAGAGGUGAUAUCACUAAAACUCUAUUUCCUUAGUACUGCUAGCACCUCUUUGAAAUCUAGUAGUGCUCUUUUUAAACUGCAACAUCUUACUCACUUAGACCUUUCGAAUUGCAAUCUCCAAGGGGAGAUUCCUUCUUCUAUUGAAAAUCUUUCCCACCUCACACAUCUUGAUCUUUCUACUAAUCACUUAGUAGGUGAAGUUCCUGCUUCAAUCGGUAACCUAAACCAACUAGAAUACAUAGAUCUUAGGGGUAAUCAUCUCAGAGGUAAUAUUCCUACUUCAUUUGCCAACUUAACCAAGCUUUCUCUAUUGGACCUCCAUGAAAAUAAUUUCACGGGUGGUGAUAUAGUAUUAUCCAACUUAACCAGCUUAGCGAUUCUAGACCUCUCCUCCAAUCACUUCAAAUCCUUCUUUUCCGCUGACCUAAGUGGACUCCACAACCUGGAGCAAAUUUUUGGGAAUGAAAACUCAUUUGUCGGACUUUUUCCCGCCUCCUUGCUCAAGAUUUCUUCGUUAGACAAGAUUCAGUUAAGCCAAAACCAAUUUGAGGGACCGAUUGAUUUUGGAAAUACGUCUUCAUCAUCUAGGCUUACAAUGUUAGAUAUCAGCCACAACAAUUUUAUAGGACGAGUCCCGAGUUCUCUAUCUAAAUUAGUCAAUCUCGAACUUUUAGACCUUAGCCACAACAAUUUCAGAGGACUAUCCCCUAGAUCUAUAUCUAAGUUAGUCAACCUCACCUCCCUUGAUAUUUCCUACAACAAGUUGGAAGGUCAAGUACCUUAUUUCAUAUGGAAACCUUCUAACUUGCAAUCUGUGGAUCUUUCUCAUAAUUCGUUCUUCGACUUGGGCAAAUCUGUGGAAGUUGUCAAUGGAGCAAAGUUAGUUGGGUUGAAUCUUGGUUCAAAUUCACUCCAAGGACCGAUUCCCCAAUGGAUCUGCAACUUCAGAUUUGUUUUCUUCUUAGAUUUGUCAGACAACCGUUUCACUGGCUCAAUUCCUCAAUGUUUGAAGAAUUCUACUGAUUUUAAUACGUUAAAUCUGCGAAACAACAGUCUAAGUGGGUUUCUGCCAGAAUUAUGCAUGGAUAGCACUAUGUUACGAUCACUUGAUGUCAGCUACAACAAUUUUGUGGGGAAGCUUCCAAAAUCUUUGAUGAACUGCCAAGAUAUGGAAUUUUUGAAUGUGAGAGGAAACAAGAUCAAAGACACGUUUCCAUUUUGGUUGGGCUCUCGGAAAUCAUUAAUGGUUCUUGUGCUCCGAUCAAAUGCAUUCUAUGGUCCAGUCUAUAACUCCACUACCUAUUUGGGGUUUCCACGCUUGAGUAUCAUUGAUAUAUCUAAUAACGAUUUCGUUGGGUCAUUACCACAAGACUAUUUUGCCAAUUGGACUGAAAUGGCAACGGUGUGGGACAUCAAUCGACUGAACUACGCAAGAAACACUUCUUCAAGAACAAUACAAUAUGGGGGACUUCAAACUAUCCAAAGGUCGAACUACGUGGGGGAUAAUUUCAAUAUGCAUGCAGAUUCGAUGGAUUUGGCGUACAAAGGAGUAGACACAGAUUUUAAUCGGAUCUUUCGAGGCUUUAAAGUCAUAGAUUUUUCUGGAAACCGAUUCUCUGGACAUAUCCCUAGAUCCAUUGGUCUAUUGAGCGAAUUGCUUCAUCUCAACUUGUCAGGCAAUGCAUUCACAGGCAACAUCCCUCCAUCCUUGGCAAAUAUCACAAACCUCGAGACGUUAGACCUAUCGCGAAAUAACUUGUCAGGUGAAAUUCCUCGAAGUCUCGGGAACCUCUCGUUUCUGUCCAACAUCAACUUCUCCCACAAUCAUCUACAAGGAUUCGUGCCACGGAGCACACAGUUUGGAACUCAAAAUUGUUCUUCAUUCGUGGGUAAUCCUGGACUUUAUGGCCUCGAUGAAAUUUGUAGAGAAAGCCAUCAUGUUCCUGUUCCUACAUCUCAGCAACAUGAUGGGUCUUCUUCAGAACUAGAAGAGCCAGUGCUGAACUGGAUAGCAGCCGCGAUAGCCUUUGGACCUGGUGUGUUCUGUGGAUUUGUGAUCGGACACAUCUUCACUUCAUACAAACACUUGUGGUUUAUAGCUCGUUAA